AUGGCUUCAGAGAUGGAAGUCAUCGAAUUUCCUUCCCCGCCUCGGGGAAAGCUACGUAUCACUGCCAUCAUGCUAGCUCUCUCCUUAUCUAUGUUUGUUGCUGCACUCGACCAAACCAUCAUCGCAACUGCUAUUCCCACGAUCGCAGCCAAAUUUAACUCUGCUGCGGGAUACACAUGGAUCGGCGGUGCCUAUCUUCUGGCCAAUGCAGCCGGGUCCUGUAUCUGGGCUAAGCUGUCGGAUAUUUGGGGCCGCAAACUUAUUCUGCUUAUUGCAGUGGCUUGGUUCUUGAUCAGUUCGAUUAUCUGUGCUGCUGCCGUGAACAUGCAGAUGUUGAUUGCUGGUCGUGCGCUGCAGGGUAUUGCCGGUGGAGGAGUCUUGCAGCUGAAUACAAUUAUCAUUUCUGAUCUGUUUAGCGUUCGGCAUCGGAGUCUCUAUCUUGGUUUGAUGGAGGUUAUGUGGGCUUUGGCUGGUGGAGUUGGUCCGCUGCUUGGUGGUGCAUUCUCGGAAUAUGUCACUUGGAGAUGGAGUUUCUGGAUCAACCCCCCUAUUUCUGGGCUCGCAUUCAUUCUUCUGUUUUUCUAUUUGGAUGUGCAUAAUCCCAAGACCAAAAUUGCGGAUGGCUUCAAAGCGAUCGAUUGGUUCGGAAGCUUGUCGGUCCUAGGUCUCACUCUGAUGCUUCUUUUGGGCCUGGACUUCGGAGGUGAAGCAUUUGCGUGGAGCUCACCCCAAGUUAUUUGCCUGAUUGUUUUUGGAAGCCUGUGCUCCCUGAUUUUCAUUUACAGUGAGAAGCGGCUGGCAAAGUACCCUAUAAUGCCGCUGGACAUCUUCUCUCAUAUCUCGAACAUCGCAAGUUUGGCUGUGGGAUUUGCGCAUGGAUUUGUCUUCGUUGCUGGAGAGUACUACAUCCCCCUUUAUCUGCAAUCUGUGAAAGGUGCAUCCCCAUUGCGGUCCGGUAUCCUGAUUCUGCCGCUUGUCCUUGCCGAGGCAUUUUCAGGCUUGAUCACUGGCAUGGUCAUUCAUCGCACAGGAAGAUACCGAGAACUCAUCUGGAUAGGCCUUGUUCUAAUGACCAUCGGAAACGGUCUAUUUAUUCGUCUCGACGCAUUCUCGUCCCUCGGAGAAAUCAUCGGAUACCAAUUUAUCAGUGGAUGCGGUGCCGGACUUCUUUUCCAAACUCCAAUCAUUGCUCUCCAAGCUAUGGUCUCUCAAGAUGAGACGGCAACGGCAACGGCUACUCUCGGCUUCAUUCGCAAUAUGGCUACAGCUUGCUCGAUCGUCAUCGGUGGUGUCGUCUUCCAGAAUAGCAUGGGAGAGAGGAAAGCCAGUCUUUUGGCUACUGGCAUGUCGGAAAGCUUGGCGGAACAGAUGACAGGUGACUCCGCCGCGGCGAACAUUGAGUAUAUCAAGAAUAUUGAGGAUCCUGUGCAGCUGCUGGCUGUGCAAGAGGCCUUUGCGUGGAGCAUGCGGAAUAUGUGGAUCUUGUACACCUGCAUGUCGGGCUUGGGUGUUAUAUUUUCUCUCUUCAUUUUGAGGACUCGGUUAAGAGAGGAACAUGUCGAAACCGUUACCGGGUUGAACCGCGAGAAGCAACCCGUGAUUGAGAGUAUCCAGACUCAGACUGCAUAG